UUGUAGGUGGGCGUGGCUGAUUCUAGCUGAACUCCGAGCAAUGCCUCCGGCAGCAACAACACAAAUGCAGAUUCUUUUCAAGUGGUGAAGCUUUCAAGAGACAGCUUGUGCAGCGGUCAAGUAUCUAAGAGAUGGGUGUAUGGUGGAGCAAAAGUCAGACUGUAUAUGAGAAGAUAGAGGCUGGCCUUCAUGUGGACCUUGAGGAGACUCUCAUCUCCCCCCCUCCUGGCUGCGAGACAGAGUCAUGGCUAGAGUACUCAUUCAAGAGGGACAUUGUCAGUGUACCCAGCUCCCUCAACGGCUCUUGGGUCGUACUAGAUACCAAUACUACAAACCACCUAUUGCAAUCCACCACACCACAUGGCAGUACAGAACAACUACAGCAUUACAGCAGCACUGAGCAAUCAUACACAAGCUUAGAGGAAACAUCGUACACCACCGUGCUGUCAGAAGAAGUCUCCUUGGAGGAGCUACAGUGUGAAACAAAUAGUGAAAUGGAAAGUUCUCUAUUGACCUCAACACCGAAACAGGAAGGCAGUCUAACAUUGGCUGAGUUGGCUGUAGGGGAGUGUAGGGAUGGCGUGUUUCUAGACACUGGGUCACUGCAGAGGACUCCAGUUCAUUGCACCAAACCUUUCCGUACCAACAGAAGUUUAACCUUCAGUGGCACUGAUUCACCUAGACAUUCCCUUUACUCUGGAGCCAGUGUGCUGUCCAUGGGCAGACCAUUCUCCCCAAACGGUGGUGACUGUCAGUCUCUCACUGCCUCCCUACUAGCCUUAAGCACCUCUUCUGAGAAAGGGCUCUUCAUUUCCCGGCUCCUCCAGACCCAUCAGACCACCCUCACACAACAGAUAAGACCUAAGGAUGUAGCCAAACAGCUCUACAACCUCGCAAUCCUAGACACAGCUGAAAUGAACAGAGCUAGGAGCAGUGCUUUAAACGAGACUGACAGGGCUAAAGCUAUUGUGCUGUAUCUACAAAAGAAGCUUAGAUACAAGCCAGAGCUCUUCUCUGAUGUGUGUGCAGCUCUCAAGAAAGCUGGAGUGGAGAUCAUUCAACAGAUCAAAGCUGAAGUUCGCAGCAGAUAUCCUGAUGACUCUGACCUCACAAGGAGCAUGUCUGUGCUUAGCAGAGCAGAUCUUAUGUCUUCUUAUUGUGAGCCUUUAUCAUCCAUUAGCAGCCAGAGCAGCGAACAACACUUGGAGAACACUGGCGUUUCCCUCGAGGAGGCUUGCAGAGAUGGUCUCUUGGUAACAGCUAAGCUAAUUAUCUCCAAAGAAGUGUCUAGGAAUAAUGGCCCCACUCUCCUGUUAGAAGCGUGCAGACUAGAGGUGAAUGUGUGUGUGCUCAAUAUGCUGCUCACUGAGGCCUCUCUGGACACCAACACCAUCACUCAGUAUAACAGGACCCCACUCCACACUGCCACUGCUGCUCUCACACCCCAGACCUCCUCACAGGAACUACAGGCCCACCAGAACCAGCUCAGGCAACAGAGGAUGAAAAUUGAGAACCUUCUAAAGCAUGAAGCAGACCCAAGUGCUAAGGAUGAUGAUGGCAACACUGUUCUCCACCUUGCUGCUCUGAGGAGAGACACUGAGACCGUGGCUAUUGUCCUGAGAUACAGUACUACUUGCAUCGACCUCAUCAAUAAGCGAGGCAACACAGUGCUUCACAUUGCCUGUCAUGAGGGUCUCACUGAACUAGUCAAGUUACUGUGUGCCAAGGGAGCCAAUGUUACCAUGCCAAACAACACCAGGGAGCACAAGACUCCCCUGCACUAUGCCUGCUACUGGGGCAGUGUAGAGUUGGUGACCCCUCUCCUCAGCAGGGACUCCUCAUGCGAGUACAUGAAUGCACAGGACGGUAAUCAAGACACUGCUCUGCACAUUGCCAGUCGCUGUGGACACAAGGCCAUCAUCAAGCUACUCGUGUCCAGAGGGGCAGCUAAAAGAGCCAAGAACAAGGAUGGCAAGACCCCAGUAGACCUGGCUAUUCAGCACGAGCAUAAAAAAGCUGCCAAAACGCUAGAGAAGAAGAGCCCGUGGUUGAAGAGACGCCGCACCAGGUCCAGUGGAGCCACCUCUCCCCUGAGAGUGGAUAUUGGACAUGAGGCUCUGUGUGAGAGUGACUGUGACGAGACUAUUAAUUAAUUGACUGUGUGUUUGUGUCACUAAAAAAAAUCAUUACACCAUUUUGCGUACCUGCUUUUGCUUGCAGGUUUAACUGUCUGUUCAGCUCUGUUUGUAUUUUUGUAUUCUCAUCAUUAUUAUUUUUGUGUGCAUGUACUAUUAGGAGUGCACAUGUACUCCUGGCACUAUUUAUACUAUUUUUGUGUCUCUGUACAGUGGAAUCACAUUCAUUUUUUGUCAUGUGCACAGCAUUAACUAUAUUCAUAUGAAAUCUUGUAAA